GCCAUCCAGAGGAGUCCGGCCCAAAAACCACGUCAUGUUUCAUCCCUUUAAGAAGCACCUGCUCCUUCCAGCUCACCUGGAAACUCACCUGUUCCAACUGGCUGACAGGAGAAGAGAAUGAGUGGGUGGGGCAGCAUGAGAGAGAGAGAGAGAGAGAGACUGUGUGUGUGACAGAAAGAGAGAAGGAGAUAGAGUAUGCCUGAAGAAGAGAUCCCACGUUUCAGGUUAACCACAGGGAUCUGGUUUAAAAUGUCCAGGUUUACAGGUGGCCUGUCAGUUGCCAGGUGCUGCCACAUUCGCCCAAGCCCUGCCCUCUGCUGUGUCCUGAUGCUUUACUUACAUGCUGGUGGCACUGUUGCCUUGCAAGUGACCUCCACUGGGCCUCAAACCAUGCAGAAAGCCCUGGGAGAGAGUGUGAUCCUGGGCUGCGAGUACAGCACAGGGCCCUCGGACGUUGGAGAGCUGGACAUUGAGUGGACGAUGGUCAGCCCAGACAUAACGCAGAAGGACCAGCUGAUCCUGUCCUUCAUGGGAGGGACGAAGUACGAUCACAGCACCGGCGCCCUGGCGGAGGGAGUGGACUUCGUCGCCGCCGACCCGUCCCAGGGCGAUGCAUCCAUCAAGAUCUCCUCCCUGGCUGCCAGUGACGCCGGGACCUACCAGUGCAAAGUGAAGAAGGGCCCAGGUGUGGACACACGGAAGGUCACGCUGGUCGUGCUGGUACGUCCCUCUGAACCUAAGUGUAAGCUGGUGGGGAGUGAGAAGGUAGGGGGCGCUCUUUCCUUGCAAUGCCAAUCCUCGGAGGGCUCGACACCACUCUCCUACAUAUGGCGGAAGGGUAGCGAGGAGCUUCUUCCUUCCAACGUCACACAGAACUCAGUCACGGGAGAGCUGUUCAUCACCAACCACUCAGAAAGCACGCAGGGCAUGUACGUGUGUGAGGUGCGUAAUGCCGUGGGGAUCGAGCGAUGCCGCUUCCGGCUGCAAGCCAUCAAGCCCCCUAACAGGUCGGGUGUGAUUGUGGGCACCUUUGUGGGUGGUCUUCUGCUGGUGCUCCUGCUGCUCCUCUUUAUUUGGUUCCUAUUCUGCCUCUGGGACAAGCGACAGUCCGAGAAGGAAGAUCUGGCCAACGAUGUCAGGUUGGAUGUCCCCAGCCCCCUGAGUCGGCCCCCAAGCCGGGCCCUGAGUCGACCCCCGAGCUGGGCCCUGAGUCGCCCCCCGAGCCGGGCCCUGAGUCGACCCCCAAGCUGGGCCUCUGGCCGACGGUCAGACUGGGCGCACAGCUCGUUCAAGAACCCGUCCAUCACCCGGUCCCUGGCGUCUGGCUCGAUAGCGGGAUCCUUCAGCACCGGCCGCAAGUCGCCAGACUCCUGGCUGCUGGGGGCUCGACUGGAGAGCAGAGGCAGCUAUGCUGUGUGACGGACUGCAGCAAAUCCAGGAAAGAGACCCACACGCCACUCCUGUCAUGUCAGUCAUGUAAAUGUGUCCCGAUUUGUGUUUUCCCCUAAUUUUUUUUUAAUAAAACAGACAGAAGGGGGCUUCUUCUCUGACAUGACGACACCCCCUGCUGCCUCACUCUCCAGCCAGCACAAUUUGCUCGGAUCUGGACACACCCCCACACGACUGCACCUUUACAGUACACAUGGAUGUGGAUCCGAUGGUUAUUAAAGGGCAUUCAUUACGUUUUUCAUGCCCUGUGGUUGUGGGGUUCGUGAGAAUCUGACUGUCGUCGCUGUACUGAUCACGUUCACAUUGGUAGGUCACGUACACACACAUAGAUACACGCGCUCGCGCCUCACCCCGACGGCAAGACGGCGAGUGCGGCAUGCGGGGGAUGUCAUUCUGCGCCUGCGGUUUGGGACCUGCGGCCGGGCCAGGCGACACAGCGCAGCCGACAGCCCCGGGCCAGGCGACACAGCGCAGCCGACAGCCCCGGGUGACUAUAUGCGGCGACGCACCGUGACGACAGCCGCUCACACCACAGCUGCACCUGCAGGAAGUCUCACCCACGGCUCUUCGGACCUGUGAACCAGCACCUCCAUCUGAUGCACUCUCAUAAUAGUGAUCAGGCUGCCGCAUAAACCUGAGGUGCUCAGAGACACAGGAGACGCUACUUUGGUAGCUGGGGGGGGUUCUGCAUUACUGUUAGAAGCAUAGCAGGCUCCCUAUACAUCUCCUCUAUUCAAAUUUCAAACUUUAUUUUAAUUUGUCUGCUUCCUAUUUAUUCAGCUGGUGGCUUAAACAGACGAUAGACUAUUUGAUGUUUUUCAAUUGCUGUCCGUCUCCAUCCAGUCCACUCUGAUUCUUUCCCAUACUCUGAAAACAGUGACGUCACUCCUAAAGUUCUCCAUUUAUUUGGUCAUUAGCCAGCCUGCCACUACUCCAUUGAUUAAGCUACAGUAGAGCAGAGAUUUUGCUUGGAUGAUGGGAGCUUAGUCAUGGGACAUCUUAGCAGUGCAGUUAUGAGAAUGUUUUAUAUAUCACCCUAAAAUCAACCCCCACUGUCUUAUCUCUGAAUCACUGUCUUAUCUCUAUCUGAAGAUCAUGAAAAUCUAAGGAUAUAAUAAACUUUGCUUGUGGUGCUCUUGGUGAGCCUUGGUGACGGACCUUCAACCACAAGUCAAUGUGUUUAUGCACCUGGUUCAGUGUGUCUCACCUCCGCCAGUGAGGUCCAUGCGAGCCUUGGUGGUCGUGCUGGGGAGGGCAGGUGCCCUCGUUGUGGCUCUCAGAAUGCCAGCAGACGAUCAACAUGGUGGCUGAAGACAGGAGGGAUUCCCAAGGCAGAGCAGCUCACUUCUGCUCUAGCUAACAGCUCUUCUCCUGGGUGGCUUUUGCAGACACCUUACAGCGUGGGAGCCCUAUUGGCUUACACCUCCGCCGUGUGUGUGCAGGUUCUCCCCGUAUCACACGGCUUUCUUCCGGGUUCUCCUGUCUCCUCCUGCAGUCCAAAAAUGUGCAGCUGUGCGGAGUUGUGUCUCUAAAUGGCCCACAGUGUGUGUCGCUUUUCAAGCUUGAAAUGUAGUUUUUUAUUAAGCUAAU